AUGGCGGACUCGUUACCAAAGACCUUCAAGGCCGGUGUCCUGACGGGGAAAAACGUGCCCAUCGAAUUCCAGGACAGAGAGCUGAAGCUCCCGGGUCCCGGCCAGGUGCUCGUCAAAAUACUCGCUUGCGGAGUGUGCUUCUCGGACGUCUGCGCGCAACGCGGCGAGUACGGCGACGACGUGUAUCCACGCGUACCGGGGCACGAGCUCGUUGGCGAUGUUGUUGCUAUCGGCAGCAACGUGACGAGGUUUAAGGGUGGAGAGCGAGUGGGUGGGCCAUGGCAUGGAGGCCACGACUGGACAUGCCGCCAGUGCGCUCGCGGCCAAUUCCAAAUGUGCGAUAACCAGGAAAUCAACGGCGUUAGCAGAGACGGCGGAUAUGCCGAGUACACGCUCCUUCGAGAAGAAGCCGUCGUGCGCGUGCCCUCGGACGUAGACCCAGCAGAAACCGCACCAUUGCUCUGCGCCGGCGUCACCGUCUUCAACUCGAUGCGUAAGAUGCACGUGGAGCACGGCAACAUGGUAGCGGUCCAGGGCGUCGGCGGCCUGGGGCACUUGGCCGUGCAGUACGCGAACAAGAUGGGGUACCACGUCGUGGCCAUCAGCUCCGGCGACGCGAAGCGCCUGUUCGCAGAGCAGCUCGGCGCGCACAGCUACAUCGACGCGAGCAAAGAGGACCCGGUUUCGGCGCUGCAAGCACUAGGGGGCGCGGCGAUGAUCGUGUCCACGGCGCCCAACGCAGCUGCCAUCAGCCCGCUAGUCGGCGGGCUGCAGGCCGGCGGGAAGCUGCUGGUGCUGGGCCCGCCGCACGAUCCCGUGCCGUUCAACACGCUGCUGAUGAAUCUGAAGAGCUUGUCCGUGCACGGUUGGUCGAACGGACACGCGCUGGAUUCCGAGGAGGCGAUCCGGUUCUCCGUCGAUCAUGGUGUGAAGUGCUGGGUUGAGAAGUAUCCGCUUGCGGAGGCGGCGAAGGCGAUGGAGUCGUGUGCGGCGAAUAAGGCCCGCUUUAGGGGCGUGUUGAUUCCGUGAGAGGGGAGAUGCGUAUUGUGAGUAUUGAAUACCGUGGUGGGAAAAUUAUCGUGUUUAAAGAAAAGUUAACUAUUGGUUGUGGAAUUAUUAACUAGGUACCUACCUUAGGUACCUAGUGAGAUGUAAAGGUUUAAGUUAGGCACGGUACGAUACGAUACUCCAUUCAUAAUAACAACUAUAUAACAAC